CUACGCUAAAUAAACCCAUCGACUGUAAUCCUCACUGUACACAGCGGAAUCCUCUGCGGGUAUUUUCUGCCUCACUGUAAGUUUGUUCCCCAAAAAGCAAAGACAUGGACAACUCCGGGAAAGAGAAGGAAGCCAUUCAGCUAAUGGCGGACGCUGACAAGAAAGUCAAGUCUUCUGGCUCCUUUUUGGGAGGGAUGUUCGGAGGAGGACCUCACAAAGUGGAAGAAGCAUGUGAGAUGUACUGCAGAGCAGCCAACAUGUUCAAGAUGGCCAAGAACUGGAGCGCUGCUGGAGGUGCAUUUUGCAAGGCCGCACGUCUCCACAUGCAGCUGCAGAACAAACACGACUGUGCCACCAGUUUCAUCGAUGCAGGAAAUGCUUACAAGAAGUCCGACCCUAAUGAGGCAAUCAAGUGUUUAAAUGCUGCCAUCGAUAUAUACACAGACAUGGGAAGAUUCACCAUCGCAGCCAAACACCACAUCAGUAUCGCAGAGAUCUACGAGUCUGAACUGGUGGAUAUCGAAAAGGCUAUUGCACAUUAUGAACAAGCAGCAGACUACUACAAAGGAGAGGAGUCCAACAGUUCUGCCAACAAGUGUCUGCUGAAGGUGGGGGCUUACUGUGCUCAGCUGGAGCAGUACCAGAAGGCUAUUGAGAUCUACGAGCAGGUCGGAGCCAACACGAUGGACAACCCGUUGCUGAAAUACAGCGCCAAAGAGUAUUUCUUCAAAGCCUCCCUUUGCCAUUUCAUUGUAGACGAGCUCAACGCUAAGAUUGCUGUUGAAAAAUACGAGGAGAUGUUCCCAGCUUUCUCUGACUCUCGAGAAUGCAAACUGUUGAAGAAACUUCUUGAGGCUCAUGAGGAACAGAACAGCGAAGCUUUCACAGAAGCGGUAAAGGAGUUCGACUCGAUCUCACGUCUGGACCAGUGGCACACAACCCUCCUGCUGCGCAUCAAAAAGACCAUCCAGGGCGACGAAGGGGAUUUGAAAUGAAAUAAACCCAGGGGUAGAAAUGCAGCACGGAGGGACAAAUCCAUCACGCAUGCUUUCACACACACAGGCUCACACACACACAUGCACACACUCACCUCACUGUGUACAGCAUCCAGAGAUGAGUGUCUGCCGACGACUUUGAAUAUUCCACUGCUCACUGCUACACUGUCAGAGUACUAUCUUUGCUUUCCUUACGAGCAUAUCUGAAUCUAGUCAGAAUGUAAAUCCUCUCGCCCUCACCUCUGUCCAGAGGAUUGCUGCAUACCUUUUCUGCUGAAGUCUGUCCCGGGGGGAUUUCACAGCAGUAUUGAAACUGACGUUAGUAUUGGCAACAAGCACUGCAUGUUUUGUACAAUUAUUGGUUCCUAGUCAGACGCAGCUUGUGUUUUUUUUUAAUUUAAUUUAAUAUAUAUUUAAACAGAUUAUUUAAAUGUUUCAGUUUGUUCUACAUAAGAUUGUCACAGUGUGUGUGGAUUUCAUGAAUGUAUCAUCAUAUUUAUUUUUUAUUUGUAUGAGUAGAAGAAAAGGGAGUUAUUGAAACUAUUGCAGCCACACAGGAAGUUAUUUUGUUUGCUUUUUAUCACCAACGUGGAGAGACUCUUCUUGGCGAAGGGCACUGAUAUGCAAGUGUAGACUGUUAAACAUUUGUAUCUGAUCACAGUCACUGAUUGUUUUUCCCCCACACGUUCAUACUUAAAUUUGUUCUUACUUUAGGAUUUGUUGAUGUACUGAUGAUACUCUGAAUGUUUGAAUCUGUACGCUGUGAUUUAUAGUUUGCCUGUGAAAACUGUGUAUUUGAAUGAAAAGCGCUGAAACCUUUACUCCUCAUUUCCAGGGCAGUAAUCUCGAGGUAAUUAGUCACUCAUCUCGUGCCGUGUCGUGACGUGAACUUCUCAUCGAAGGUUUUGCUGCUGCAGUGCGCCUUCCUAAUGGCCAGUCGCUAAGCAUGUCAUUGUGUAUAGAUUAGUGUUGUGUUACAUUCACUAGUGCGAGCCAGACCAAAGUUUUUACAAAAGGGUCAGUCGCCCUGCGUAUCCAGCUUCUUCCAGAUGGAAUGACAAUGGACCUUGGAUAUGACCUGUAUGCUAGUGCGAAUGGACAAUAAUAAAGAUAAUAUAACCCCA